ACCGGCUGUCCUCCAGGGCGCAGCAGCUUGCAGCCUAAACGAAGGAUGCCGUUUGUUUCUGUGAAGAAAUAUUGAUUUAGAAUGUUUUUCAAGGGAAAUGUAAUUCGGUAGUUAUAGUGGUUAGGCAACUGAACUGCACUGAAAUCAAAUAAUUAAAAAAAAAAAAAACCUCAUGUAAACAGACAAGUCGGCCUGUAUGAUGACCCCGCUCCGAGAGCGCCUCGGUGGUCCAGUAAAACCCUGACGCGUCGGAGUGCGUCGUGAGGGGGCGCUGUGCGUCCCGAGGGCUCGCAGGGGAAGCAGAAGAAUACGCUUCCUUUCUUUAGCGGAGGUAUCAUUGUGCUUGGAGGACUGGCUUGUGUUAGCGCUGGCUUCCUAUAUGUAUACUAAAAUUAAUAAUAAUAAUAAUAAUAAUAAAUAAUAAUAUAGCGGCUGUUUCUUUUUUUAGAGAGCUAGGAGGUUAGCCGUGAGGCCUGCUCCUUUAGGCGCAUUUGCAAGCGGCUGAGAGCCGCAGUCCGGAGAGGCAGUCUGGACGCUGUUGUCGGCUUCGUGUUGUUGUUUGCAGCGAGGAAGAAGAGGUGGUGCCCUGAGGGAGUGCAGCGAGGCAAUUCUCAGACUGGCAGCGCAUCUGUGCCAGUAUAAUGGAGACGGCCCAGCCUCAGUGGUGAGAAGCGAAACUGAGACAAAGUCACGCCAGCCUCGCAGUUGGAGUCGAGAAUCAAAGGUGAAAAAUACCCGAUUGAACACGCAGACCUUUUCUGAUACCCGUUGACUCUUUCGUAAUCAGAACUGGAAAAGGAAUCAUGCCUGAUCGGGACAACUACCUGAACAGCAGCGGCAGCGAUGAGGCCGGCGCGGCGGCGGGAGACGAUAUCUGCCGGGACUUCUUGCGCAACGUGUGCAAGCGUGGCAAGCGCUGCCGUUUCCGGCACCCCGAUUUCAACGAGGUCCCCGACCUCGGGGUGCAGAAGAACGAGUUCAUCUUCUGCCACGACCACCAGAACAAGGAGUGCCUGCGCGCCAACUGCCGCUUCGUGCACGGCUCCAAAGAGGACGAGGACUACUACAAGAAGACCGGGGAGCUGCCGCCGCGGCUACGGGGCAAGGUAGCGGCCGGGCUGGGCCUGUCUCCCACCGACUUGCCCCACAGCCGCGGGGAGGUGCCGAUCUGCCGGGACUUCUUGAAAGGAGAGUGCCAAAGAGGCAACAAGUGCAAAUUCAAGCACUUGCAGAAGGAUUUUGAGUUUGAGGUGUUGCGUGGAGGGGGGGCGGGGUUAGGGUUGGUGGGAGGGGUGGUGGGAGGAGUCAGUUUAGAUUGCCGGCCCCCGCGGGAGCAGCCGGGGGUGUCGGGCGUGUCGGGGGCUGUCGGGGCUCGGAGGUUUGAGCGCGGCCCGGGUUACGACCCCAUGAUGGAAGGGAUUUUCGACCCUGGGUUUGAGGAUUUCGACCCGGCCCUGCAGCUGAAAAGGCGGCGGAUGGAUAGCAUGCGCUUCGCGGAGAGUUUUGAGUUCGGGAUCCAGCCCUCGCCCCGGCCUGUGGAUUACAGGCUGCUGGAGGAGGAGAACAUCCUGCUCCGGAAGAGGGUGGAGGAGCUCAAGAGACAGGUCCACAACCUGAUCGCUACCAACGAGGUCCUGCUGGAACAGAACGCCCAGUUCCGCCUCCAGGGCAAGGUGCUGACCCUCACCUCCACCCCUGCCCCCUCUGAGCAGAGCCUGCCCUCUGUGGGCACGGUGACCUCCUACAACCACGGCAUCGCCCAGACGCACACCACGCUGAGCAGCCAGGCCAUGCAGCCCCAGCCAGUGAUCCAGCAGGACCUGGGGACCCCUGCUCCUGUCGCUGCCAACGCAGCUCCCUCCAGCGCCCCCCUGCCUCACCUCAACUCUGAAAUCACGCCCCUCUCCGCAGCUCUGGCCCAGACCAUCGCUCAGAGCAUGGUUCCCCCUGUCUCAAUGGCACCCGUCGCCGUUUCCGUGGCCCCCGUGGCGGUUUCCAUGGCGCAGUCUCUCACCGGGAUCACCAUCAGCCACGCCACCACGCCCAUGGUCUCCUACCCCAUCGCCUCGCAGAGUAUGCGCAUCACCACCAUGCCCCAUUGACCCCGGCCACCGGGGGGCGCUGCUGCUGUGGCUGUGAGGCUGACCCAGGGCGCUACCGUCCUACUGCAGUGUGACCCCCGGGGUGAAAGCUGAGAGGACCUCUAUCCUUCCUGCACUGAAACUACCUUCCCACUGAUACAAACCUGCUCCUGAGCCCCCUCCUCUCCCCGUGCAAGCGCUGCCCAGCGCGCUGUCUGAGCGACACAUUGUCAAGCCACGGAGAUCCUUCUGCUCUGCCGUGCUUGUUGCUGAAUAGCUGCACACAACUCUCGCACAGCUUAUAGUGGAUCAGAAAACCUGUUCUCUAUUGUUUUGGCUAAUCUGUAUGUUCACUGUGACACAGGGAGAGAACUGGAGAAUGUUACUGAGACAGAAGAAAACGCCCUUUUCUCGUCUCGUUUGUUACUACCCUUUAAAAAAAAAGAAAGUUUCUAUUGCAAUAUGUUGUUUUUUUUUGGUUAAAGGAUUUCCAGUAGUGUAAGAAAAAAAGCCGGUUUGUUUUAACGUCUGUUUUUCAGUUUAAAAUGUACAGUAAUGGUGAAUGUUUAUUUGUUUGAUUUCUUUUUAAAAAACGUUUAAGUUGCUGUCGUACACCUUUUAAAUAUUUUUUUCUAUAAAGAUUUCUGUGGUUGUUUAAAAUCUAAAAGUGUCCCUACAAAUGAAUUAUUUACGGUGGAAGUUCUUUCACCUUUAACCCCUGAAGGUGCGCAAGGACCGGAGCGCUCGCU